CCCCAGGCACGACACUUACCACACCAUGGCCGAAACAAUAGAUCUUACUGUCGAGUUCACCGGGGGCCUUGAACUGCUCUUCUCGGAUCAACGCCAGCACAAGAUCUCAUUACCGGCCAAAGAUCCUCAGGGUCACCCAGCUACAGUUGCAUUCCUGAUCAAAUGGCUAUGCGAAAAUCUGAUGCAAGAUCCACGAAAAGACAUGUUCGUACUCGACGAUACGGUACGACCUGGAGUUUUGGUACUCAUCAAUGACUCCGAUUGGGAGCUAGAAGGAGAGGAGAAGUACGAAUUGCAACGCCGAGACAACAUAGUGUUUGUAUCAACGCUGCACGGUGGAUGAGAAAAUGAUAAUCUCGCCAAGCUGGAGCGCACAAGGACCUCUCAUAAGUCGAACUUUGAGAGUCUGCUCCACUGACCGACCUAUACCUCACUGUAGUAGGUGCAUGUCUUACAACCGCAGAGAAAUGUGGCAUUCAUUUUUCAGGAACUUCUUUGCUAAAGUCGCCAUAUCCAUGUACGGAAUGAGGUCUGGUCCAAAUUGCUCUUCGAAGUCCAUU